CCCAGCAGUCACGAAAUGGUCUUGUGUUUUAUCAUAACUACAGCUGAUAUCUAUGAGGAAGUGUCUAGCUGGAUUCAGAAGAAGGGCCUGCACUGUGAGUGUCUAGGUGGUGGCCGAAUUAACCACAACAGUGAGAAGAAGACCAUUCAUGUGUAUGGAUACUCCAUGGGUUACGGACGUGCAAAGCAUGAGAUCACAGCAGAGCUUCUGAAAGCCAAAUAUCCGGACUGCAAUGUGACCUGGGCGAAUGAGGGUUAUUGAUGUGACCUGGGCCUGAAUGCAGUGCAGCCCUGUUGCUCAACUUAUUUCCCUUGGCUCGGAAGCCUCUGGUUGGAGAUGCACUGAUCAUGUCUGACUGCAAUCUGAAUUAAAGUAAAUUAUUUCUGAA